AUGGCCGAGAUUAUUCUCGAUCAAGGAAUUGGUUGGGGAAUCGUUUUGGGAUUUGGUGCAUUCUUUGCUAUUUUAAUGACACUUUUAACGAUGGCCCAAAAACGUUAUCUCCAAGAAUACCAAACAUCCGAAAUGUUUAUGACGGCUCAUCGUUCUGUAAAAACUGGUCUUGUGGCAUCCGCUGUGGUUUCUUCUUGGACUUGGGCUGCUACGCUUUUACAAUCCUCUUCUGUUGCAUAUAAAUAUGGCGUUUCUGGACCUUUUUGGUAUGCCGCUGGUGCUAGCAUCCAGGUUUUGCUUUUCGCUAUUCUUGCUAUUGAACUUAAACGUAAUGCUCCAAAUGCACAUACCUUCCUCGAAAUAAUCAAUGUCCGUUACGGAAAAAGAACCCAUCUUGUCUUUUUAUUCUUCGGUUUGGCCACUAAUGUGAUUGUGACAGCUAUGUUGUUACUCGGUGGCUCAGCUGUAGUAAAUGCACUCACCGGUGUCAAUAUUAUUGCAUCUUGCUUUUUACUUCCAUUUGGUGUAUUAAUUUAUACAUUAUUUGGUGGUCUAAAAGCAACGUUUUUGACGGAUUACGUACAUACUAGUGUUAUUUUUGUUAUUAUACUUUCCUUCUUAUUCACUGUUUACGGUUCUUCGGAUAUGAUCGGAUCUCCACAAAAAAUGUAUGAUUUGUUGGUUAAAGUCUCCGAAAAACCUUGCGAUAAAGAGCAAUUUAAAAUUGAUUAUCCGAAUAUUGCGGAAUAUCCAUCAUAUGGGAUCUGUGCUGUAACUGAUAAUGAACAAGGAUCAUUUGUAACGAUGGCAUCUCUGCAAGGCUUAAUCUUCGGUAUCAUCAAUAUUGUUGGUAAUUUCGGAACCGUAUUUGUGGAUAAUGCUUAUUGGCAACGUGCUAUCGCUUCUCGACCUUCUUCUACCGUAAAGGCUUAUUUGAUUGGAGGUUUAUCAUGGUUUUCAAUUCCAUUCACCUUGGCUACUACUAUGGGCAUCGCCGGUGUUGCUCUUGUCGGAGCGGGUAAAUUAGACCCUCUUACGGAUCAAGAUGUUUCUGCUGGUUUAGUACUUCCAUUAGCUGCUACUGCUCUUCUGGGUAAAGCUGGUGCUUUCGCGAUUAUGGUCUUAAUUUUCAUGGCUGUCACAUCUGCUGCUUCAGCCGAACUUGUUGCCGUAUCUUCAAUUUACACUUAUGAUAUUUAUCGCGCAUAUAUUCAUUCUGGCGCUCUUGGAAGACAAGUUAUCCGUCAAUCACACAUAUCCAUUAUUGCCUUUGGUAUUAUUAUGAGCAUCUUGGCUAUUAUACUUAAUUUCAUCGGAAUAGAUUUAGGAUAUAUGUAUUUGCUUAUGGGAAUUAUUUCUUCCCCUGCCGUUAUUCCUGUUACAUACACCAUUACCUGGUCAAAACAAAGCGCCACUGCUGCUGUUUCUGCUGCUUUAAUGGGCGUUGUUUGUGGUAUAACGGCAUGGCUUGUCACAGCUCAAUCUCUAUAUCAUGAAAUUACGAUUAAAUCGACCGGUGAAAAUUAUCCCAUGUUGGCCGGAAAUCUCACCUCCUUAAUCACAUCAGGAUUAAUAACAACGGUUUUGUCAUUGGUAAAGCCAGCUAACUUUGAUUUCGAAAUAACGAGAACGAAAUUAGAAGUUUUAACGGAUGAUGAAGUAGUAACUAAUACUCUUCAUGAUGAUCCAAUUGAAAGGGAUCCCGUUAGGUUAAGGGCAGCUUUCAAAUUUGCCGUUACUAGUUCAAUUUUAUUAACGAUCGUAUUGAUUUUCAUAUGGCCGUUACCAAUGUAUUUCUCCAAUUAUGUUUUCACGAAACCAUUCUUUACAUUUUGGGUGGCAAUUUCAAUGAUUUGGGCUAUUUGUGCUGCUGUCUCUUGUACUAUUUAUCCCGUUUUUGAAUCUCGUAAUAGUAUCAUUAGCGUAUUUAAUGGCAUUUUGAAAGACCUUAGAGGAAAGGAUAUCAUAAAGGAUAAAAAAAGAUUAUCACAGGAAGUAGUACCAGAGAAAAAUAACGCAUAA